UGUCAUUUCUGUUACUUUCUUACAAAUGUUAGAUACUUUAUUUCUCUUGCUGUGGUUGCAACAAAGCAGUCAACUGCUAUGAUGCCAUGGUGGAUGGAGCAGCUGUUGGAAGAAGAAUCCUGUAUCACUCUAAUGGUGCUCUGAAAGUAGUUUCUACUUUAAAGCAAUUUCAUUUACUCUGUCCUCCCUGAAGAGGCAUUUUACUGUGCUUAAAGCAUUAAACAUGGAAUGAUAAUUUUGUCCUGUACGGAAGUUUUACAAAUGUCAGAAAGUCUUUGGAACUGCUGUCAACCAUUCUGGUGUGUGUGUAACUGAUCUUUGUGAAGACAACAGAGAAGCAGAUGAUAACUAAUGAGCAAGGGGCUGAACAAUCUGCUGGAGCAUCAGAAGACAUAGUAUACAGGAUAGAGAUACCAGCAAAUCGUUACGAUCUCUUGUGUUUAGAAGGUUUGGUUCUUGGUCUUCUUGUUUUUCAGGGAAAGUUGUCUCCACCACGUUACAAAGCUGUGACGCCAGAAAAGGGCUCUGUACAGAAACUCAUCGUGACUCCUGCAACAAAACUGAUCCGACCAUAUGCAGUGGCUGCAGUACUAAGGAAUAUCACAUUUAACCAGGACAGUUAUAAGAGUUUCAUUGAUCUUCAAGACAAGCUACACCAAAAUAUAUGUAGGAAACGCUCUCUAGUUGCUAUUGGAACCCAUGAUCUUGACACAGUUGUAGGCCCCUUCACAUAUGAUGCAAAGCCACCCAGUGACAUUAAAUUCCAGGCUCUGAAUCAAGACAAGGAAUACACAGCAACUGAACUAAUGGACCUUUAUUCGACCCAUGCCCAACUCAAGCAGUACCUUCAUAUCAUCAAGGAUAGUCCAGUGUAUCCAAUUAUCUAUGAUAAGAAUGGUGUUGUUCUUUCUAUGCCACCAAUAAUUAAUGGAAAUCAUUCAAGGAUUACACUGAAUACAAGAAAUGUAUUCAUUGAGUGCACUGCAUUAGACCUCACAAAGGCCAAAAUUGUUUUGGACACAUUAAUAUGCAUGUUCAGCCAGUAUUGCAUAGACAAAUACACUGCAGAAUGCUGUGAAGUUUUGCUACCUGAUGGUACAGUUACAAGAUACCCAGAAUUAGCUUAUCGUGAAGAAGUUGUGAAUAUACAGAAAACCAACACAUAUAUAGGAAUAAGCGAACCAGCAGACAAAAUUGCCAAGCUACUGACUAAAAUGUGUCUGAAAUCAGAGGUAGCAAACUCAGAAGAUCAAGUUAUCGUUGAAGUCCCUCCAUCCAGACAUGAUGUUAUUCAUGCAUGUGACAUAUAUGAAGAUGUGGCAGUUUCUUAUGGAUAUAACAACAUUAAAAAGACUAUUCCUAAAACAGCUACAAUUGGAGCACAGUUUCCACUCAACAAGCUGUCUGAUCAGUUGAGGGAGCAAAUAGCUCAAGCUGGUUUCACUGAAGUGUUGACUUUCUCUCUGUGCUCAAGAGAUGACAUAGCUACAAAACUUGGGAGGAACAUAAAUGAUAUUCCUGCUGUCCACAUCUCAAACCCCAAAACAUUAGAAUUUCAAGUAGCAAGAACCACUCUUGUACCUGGACUGCUCAAAACACUUGCAGCAAACAAAAAAAUGCCACUGCCAAUGAAACUUUUUGAAGUUUCCGAUGUCGUCAUUCGAGAUGAGACUGCAGAAGUUGGUGCUAGGAAUGAGAGGCGGGGGUGUGCUUUGAACUGCAACAGAACUCCAGGGUUCGAGAUCAUCCACGGGCUUCUUGACAGGCUCAUGCAGUUGUUGGAAAUACCAAGAAGUAGCAACAAAGAUAUGACUGGCUAUUACCUACAAGCUGUUGAUGAUCCUGCAUACUUCCCACAACGUUGUGCUGAGGUAGUUGCUAAUGGUCAAGUGAUUGGCAUAAUGGGUGUUCUGCACCCAGAUGUUAUUAUGAAGUUUGAGUUGACACAUCCAGUUGCUUGUUUGGAAAUCAACAUUGAGCCAUUUGUCUAGUUCUUCAGACUGUAUAUUAAAAACUGAAGGAAGAACUUAUUAAACAAGAUUGCCUGUUUCUGCAGGAUGUAUUCAUGGCUAAAUUCUCCUGCCAGUCACAUCAUCUCUCUGUAAGUUCCAUCUUUCUGUUUACUGUGUCAUAGCUUACACAAGGAUGCAUUUUCUGUCACAUAAAAUGUAUAGGAUGAUUAUUGUGAUGAAGUGGGAAGAAUGUGGAAGUUGUUGCUCAUUUAAAUUUGUUGUAGCAUUUACCAGAAGAGAGAAAAAUCUCAAUCAAAAGUGCUGACCUGUGGGCUGAAAUUGAACUUGAGAAUUUCAAAGCAUAAACCAGAAUGCUAACCCCUUUACUGUAUGUAAGAGUGAGAUUUUUAUGAUAAAAGUAUGUCAAUGCUGUAGCUAUCCAAGAUAUACAAAAUUUAAUUGGUACUGGAUUUAAAUAUUUUACAAAAUAUGCUUUACUGUAUAUUUUUUUUUUUUUUCUGGAAGCAGUUUAGUUGCCCUCGAAGAGAAGGGACAUGACAAGUUAUCACAGGGUACUGACUUAAGACCUCUGCUUAGAGAGUUCAGCUUGAUACAUGGAAAGAAGAUGGAAAUUUUAAUUAAAAUAGGAUGAAUGCAAAGUUCCAUCAUGACAGUUAUUGACUGUAGUGUCACAAAGUAAUCAUAUACAUAUGCUGUCUGGAAGCCUGACUGUUGAAAUCUAAUGCUUGAGUGGGGAGAGAGAACCAUUGGAAAUCUUUAACCCAAAAGUUUCUUACAAAGGUAGUGGAAAAUUAGGUUACUUGAAUUCACAAGGAAACUGGUUUCAUAGUUGACCCAUCAAGAGGAGUAAUUUUUAUUUAUUGCAUGUUUUAUCUUGAAACUGAUGAUUAGCAAAAGGAUGUUAUGGCAAGUACGAUGCACUGAACAUGCACAGACUUUAUGGACUUUGGUGUAAUAGGAUGCUAAACUUGUGUCACUGUAAAUUAAAUACUUAGAAAUUUUCUCUUUGACACGUCAGAUAAUAAAGCCUUCAUGGAUGCAUAAAUUGAACAUAAAUCUAA